CCUGAGGAGCUUGCUCAAGGCACACUGUCCUCUCCUCGGCCUCCCUGGAAGGAAGCGAGACGAUGCGAGGUCACUCAAGCGCCCCGGAGCUGGCUGGAGAAGCACACGCUCGCUAGAGGCACGGCGGAUAUCUGAGCUCAGCUCACACCUCACAUUGGACAGCUGUCACUGGCUUUCUCUGUCUGGGUUCUCUUAUUUGUCUUACCCGCUCACACACGUGAAAGCAGCUGGAUGGUGCUCGGAGAAUCAGAAAAGCAGGUGUUUCCAGACUAGGAACCAGCUCUGUGACGGUUACACGGCUCGCGUCCCACCCUGCUUGUGGAUUAUGGGUACAACUGCCAGUGCAGCACCACAGCCAGUUUCCGCAGCGCCUCCGCUUGAAGGUAUCCAUGGCAACGAGAUGGCCGACAACAGGCGAUCGCUGAGCAUUAACUCCUUUCAGACAGUCAGCAUUCACAACAGCAAGGCCAAGUCCAUCAUCACCAAUAAGGUGGCACCUGUAGUCAUUACGUACAACUGUAGACAAGAAUUUCAGAUUCAUGAUGAUCUUCUCAGAACAAAUUACAAAGUUGGGCGAAUUUCCAAUACGAUGCCUGAACAUUACCUGGUACAGGGGGCGUUCUUCAUGGUGCAGGAUGUGUACAGUAAAGCAGAUGUCCUAAAUACUACGUGUACGUAUGGAGCCCCUAACUUCCGCCAGGCCAAAGGGGGGUAUCCCCUGUUUGGGAUGGGGCAACCCAGCCUUAAUGGCUUCAAACAGGUCCUCCAGAGACUCCAAGGUCAAGGCUACGAGGAGAUUCUUUUUUUCUGUGUGAGAGAAGAACCCGUCAUCUUCCUGCAUUUGGAAAGCGACUUUCUGCCGUACACACCUAGAAGGAAGGAAAACCUCCAUGAGAACUUGCAUGGGCUAAAGAAGGAGGUCACAGUAGAAAGCCUGGAGCUGACUAUUCGAAAGGAGCUUCAUGACUUUGCCAAGCUUAAUGAGAAUAUUUAUUACAUCUACAACGACAUUGAACAUUUUAAGGAUGAACCCCAGCACAUCACCAUCACUUGUGAAGAGGAUAUACACGUCACUGAGGAGGUUUACAAGAGGCCUGUUUUCACCAUGCCUGCAUACAGGUAUUACCGACUACCAGUACCGGUGGAAGGGGCGCCACUAGAAGAGGAUUUUGAUGCCUUCAUCAGCAUACUCAGGGCGAACCCCAACCUGUCACUCAUGCGAGACCCGUCCAGGCCUCCACCCGCCCUGCUUUUUAGCUGUCAGGUGGGAGUGGGCCGCACCAAUCUGGCCAUGAUCCUGGGUACCCUUAUCAUGUUCCACCUGAAGGGAGCUCCUGAGCAACCCAAGGCAGAGGAGGCUGCGGACUUGGUGUCAGAGCCACGCUUUCAGAUCAUUCAGAGCCUGAUCUGCAAGCUGCCUAAAGGUCAGCAGGUUAUGGAGGAGGUGGACACGGCCAUCGCCCUGUGCUCAGAAAUGCACAAUAUCAAGGAAGCAAUCUAUGAAAACAAAAAAAAACUGGAAGCGAUUGGAGAGGAUUAUCAGAUUCAGGGAAGUGGCACCAAAGAAUACUUUCUAAGCAGGAUGCUGCAGAGCCUAGAGUUGUACUUCUACCUAAUAACAUUCAACUCCUACCUUCAUGAGCAGUACUCUCUGGCUUUCGCCAUCAACUUCAGCCAGUGGAUGUGUGCUCACCCUUGGAUCUACAGGCUGCUGGCCUGCAUGAACCUGUCUGAGCUGUCGGCGCCUGCAGAUCUCGUCACUAAGGGGGCCCGAGUGCUGGUGGCAGAUGAGUACUUGGCUCCUGAUGUGCUUAGCACAGUCAAGGAGAUGAAGGUGGCUAACUUUCGAAGGGUCCCAAAGAUGCCAGUGUAUGGAAUGGCCCAGCCAACUUCGGAGGCCACAGGUGCGGUGCUGGCCUACCUGGCAGACGAGAAGCGGAAGCACUCCCACAUGCUAUGGGUGAACCUGCAGGAGGAGUUCGUGCUGGAGGGGAAUGGCCAGGUGUUCUCGCCCCGUGAGCCCAGUUGUCUGGAGCAGCACAUCCCUGUGCCAACCGCCGACCCCCAUGAAAUAGAGAAACUGGAGACUGCUUUGAAGGAAGAAGUCCUGAACUCUCAGAAGUGGCUGGAAGUGACGCUCGAGCAGGAGAAGCAGAUGAAGAUGUUCAAGACAUGUGUGACGGUGCAGGAGAUCUUCAACCAGCACAAGAGUUCCCAUGAAGGCCUGGUGUACCAACGCAUUCCACUGCCGGACUGCUGCGCCCCACGGGAGGAGGACUUCGACAGGCUCAUCGAGGCUCUGAAGACUGCCCUUGCUGAGGACUCGCGCACGGCCUUUGUCUUCAACUGUCAUGAUGGCAAGGGCAGGACCACCACGGCUAUGGUUGUCGCCACCCUCACCCUCUGGCACUUUAACGGAUUCCCUGACUUCGGCGAUGAUGAGAUUGUCAGUGUCCCCGACGCCAAGUACACAAAGGGGGAAUUUGAGGUUGUGAUGCAGCUGGUCAGACUCCUUCCUGACGGUCACCGCAUGAAGAGGGAGGUGGACAUGGCUCUGGACGCCGUCAGCGAGACCAUGACCCCCAUGCACUACCACCUGAGGGAGAUCAUCAUCUGCACCUACAGACAGAUUAAGACGGCUAAAACAGAAAAGGACACGCAGUCUUUGUUGCUGAAGAGUUUGCAGUACCUGGAACGCUAUAUUUACCUCAUCCUUUUCAACACAUACCUGCAUCUGGAGAAGAAGGACUCCUGGCAGCGCUCUUUCAGCAUGUGGAUGCACCAGGUGGCUGCCCGUGCCGGAGUUUACACCGUUCUCAACCAGCUAGGCUUCUCAGAGUUCGAGAAUCCGAGGGACACGCCACUCUCUCGGCUGCGCUGCCGCUGGCAGAGCCAAAACCUCCAGCCGCUGCCCUUCAGGGGCCAUUUCGUCUGAGCGAAAGCUGAACGCAUCACUGCAGGCUCCUCGGGGGACACUUGACCUCUGCAAGCUUUGCGCCGACCACUUUCCCUACUUUAGGACAUCUUAUGAAAUGCAAAACCAUACCUUUUCACCACGAGUCUCACAAAGAAUGAUGCUGCCCCUAAGAAAAAAGCCAAUGUACAUUGUUUUUAUUGUAUUUGUCAUUUAUCAUUAAUCACUCUCGAGGGGCAUGGAAGAUACUGUAUUGGGCUUGGCGUGUGUGUUACCUAUGUUUGGAGAAGAUUUUCAGUGUAUGAUGCCUUACUUGUCCAGACACACACUUUGGCUUUUUGUCCUCACCGCUUCAGGGUGUGACCCCACUCUCUGGUGUCGUUGACUCCAGAUGAGGAGUUUACCUCAUUGUGUAGAUGCCAAGGUGUGAACAGCACCAUAGUUGGAAAUAAAAAUGCGCAAUUUCACUUUUAAUUUCUUUGCAACUUUAAAAUUAAUGCUGUUAUUUGGAAAUGAGGCAUCUACAGUUUUAUUCCUGUAUCUUAUGUCAUGGGUCAAAGUAGAAAUUUUCUCCUUUUGAAACAAAUGGAAAUGUGAGUAUAUCAUCUGGCUUCUUUGAUUAAAUCUGUCCUGUGAAUUUCAGAUAUGAAUUUCAGGCUUUCAGUGGUGAACACACUGCUUUUUGGAAUAUUUACUGUUGAUAAAUCCUGCCAUCACUGCACAUGCACACAGUUGUCAGUAUUAUGUAGGAAAAGUCAUUAUACAUAAAUGUUAAAAGUGGCCCCAUUCUCACUUACUGUGUACGACGGCUAUAGUUUAUUUUGAUAUGUGAAAUUUUUCUACUAGCAACAAAUUUUUUAGGUUCUGUAAUGAACUGAUAUGAAAAUCACUUUGGCCUUGUGUUAGGAGCACAUUUUAGCCAAUACUAUACAAUUCAUGUAAAUGUUGCACAAGAGUAAAUUGUUUUCACAGCUUGCAAUUAUUUUUUUAUUUUUUUUUUUUUUACCUGUUUAAGUUUACUGUCAGGCAUUAAGUAACAUAAAUAGAAUAACUGGCAUGGAAGAUUGGUUUAUUUUAAAACCAUUCUACAACUGAAGCUUGCUUAAAACUAUACAUGGUAUUGCAGUAUUUCAGUUUCAGUAAUUUGAAAAGAAAGCAGUUUGAUGCCAGUAAAAUGUUCUCUGGAAUUACGAGCCUGUAGGAAAGCAGGAUUUUCUUUUAAACAAACAUUUUUUCCUCUUAAAAAAAAAAAAAUUAUUGUAAGUGCAGACAAGCAGUUCCCAUUUUGAAUGUAGUGAGCUGACUGUGGAAAAUGGUAUAAAAUCCAGACUAGCUAUUAUAAAUUCACAGGUUUGUGUCAGCAAAGGUAACCAGGGAACUCUUUGUGUAAGUUGUAAACACUGGCAAUGAAGACUGAUGCCAAUUAACCAAAACUUUACUACAAAUGGCAAAAGUGAAUUAUAGGUACUUAAAAAUAACAAGUGUACUGAAUGCCUAUACAGUGUUUUAAUUCCAGUGUGAGAAGCUAUCACUGUUACACUGUUAACUGCCAGCUAUGUGUUAGUGUGUUACUUUCUGGCCUUUUUUUUGACAUUCCAAAUCUGUUUUGCAUUCAGACUGGGAUUCAGAUUUUGUUGAACUGCCUUUAAUAGUACGUUUAAAAAAAAAAAUCAGGAAGUGACAUUAUUUGCCCAAUCUAAGAGCCAUAUUUUUCUGAUAUCAUCAGACUUGCUACGCCAAUUAUAGAGCAUACCACUAAACAUACCGUUGGAAACUGCUGAUGCAGCAUAGAGUCAUCAUGGUGAGACAGGCUAUGCAAUACACAGACUUCUGGAGACUGAUUUCCCUUCAUAAUUACUAUAAUGUUUCUGUGAUCCGUGCUUAAAGCUGUUUUCAGGCACAUCAGUGUAAAGUUACUGUACCACAUGCUGUUUAUUUCUUGUAUGGGGCAAGGUGGAUGCACAAUGUUUCCUUUUAGUCUGUUUGUUAAUUUGCUCAAAGUAACGAACGCGUAUUGUAAGCCCUUCAUUUGGAUCAUCGGUCAAGUGGUGUGCUGUUCUUUCAGUACUUCCAUGGGCUUUCAAAUCUUAAGCGACUAGGAAGAAACUAGGAUCACUAUGGUUGUACACUUCUCUGACCUUCAGGAACCUUCUGUCCAUGCUUACAUUUUGCAUUUUUGUCUUAGUUGAAAGCCCCUCCUAUUUGUUGGGUUUCCUGUUAUUUAAUUAAAACGCAAACUUUUUAAAAUUCACAUUUAACGUUGGAAGUCCGAUGGGUGUCCGAUAAACGUGUGGUUGCUGCGUUGUUCAGGGUGAAUGUUUUAUAACUCGUAUGAUUUCCUAUGCAAGAGGAAGUCAAAUGAAAAUGCUAAUUUGUCCUGCGUGAGUUUCACACUUACAGAAAUGCAGUGCCUUCUUCAGUGCUAAUGUUAUUAUUGAUAGAAAAGUAUGUACUAAGUAUUGGGUUAUCAUCGUAUUACUUGGUUUUCAUCUUACACGUUCAUAUUUUAACAUAUAAUAAAACAUGAAAAAUAAUGUGUUGUA